AUGCCUAGCAGACAUCAGGAAGAAUCAGAAAGUUCAACGCGUUUAAGGGCUAAGGAUCAGAGGGAAAGGAAACUGGCCCCAUCUCAAAAGUCUCCGUUCGUGGGAAACGUUACGGUUAAGGAGCUCAUACGUAACAAGAAGCAGCGCUUAGAGGUCUACAAUCCGUAUCUGCCCGAAGACAAGAAUGUUCGGAAGGAACUAACGGCGUUCCUGAAGUCUACAGCUGGGUAUCCAAAGCUUGACAAGGAUAAGUUUCCCGUGUGGUAUUGGUGGUGGGAACUCAUUACGCAGCCGCAAUGGCUAUCGGACUCGGCUUGUCUCAUCGAUAGUGGUCUUAGUCUGUUUUGGACGGCAAAGUAUGACGAUUUCAAGAAGUCUGAGCCUAAUGUCUUUGGACUUGGGAAGUACCUCCCACCUGACUCACUUGACUACUUCCAAGGCACGAAACCAGAAUUCUGCCAGACGAAUAAACGAUGGUGCAGGGACAUUGACGACCUAUAUCUCCCGUUUAACAUUGGGAAGAACCACUGGGUUGCUCUAUUCAUCUCCUUACCGAAGAGGCACAUCACGAUCUGGGAUAGUUAUCCCUGCCGUAUGGACGAUGAAGAACUGCGACGGAGGUGGAACCCGUGGCUGUGA